AUGGGCGCCGAAGACUACUCUCCUCCCGCGACCGAUAUCAUCACACUCACACGCCAUGUCCUGACCGAGGGCUUCAAGCUCAGGACAGAAAGUGCUGCUAGCGGCGACCUCACCAUCCUACUUAGCUCACUGCAGACCACCUGUAAAUUUAUCGAGAGCAACGUGCGAAAGGCCAGCUUAAUCAACCUCAUCGGCGCCGCUGGCAACACCAACGUACAGGGCGAGGACCAGAAAAAGCUUGAUGUUCUCUCCAAUGAGAUCAUGAUCAACGCGUUGCGGGCUUCGGGCAAGACUGCAGUUCUGGUAUCGGAAGAGGAUGACGAGGCUAUCUUUGUCGGUGAGAAGGAGGAAGGCGGUACCUUUGAGUCGACCAAGGGCAAGUACUGCGUCGUUUUCGACCCUCUGGACGGAUCCAGCAACAUUGAUGCCGGUGUCAAUAUCGGCACUAUCUUUGGUAUCUACCUUGUGAAGGAAGGCUCCAAGGGCACGCUUGAGGAUGUGCUCCGACCUGGCCGCGAGAUGGUUGCUGCUGGUUACUGCAUGUACGGUUCGUCGGCCAACCUGGUCUUGACCACUGGUAACGGCGUCAACGGCUACACGCUCGACAACCAGAUUGGUGAAUUCAUCCUCACGCACCCCAACAUCCGCCUGCCAAGCCGCGGCAAGAUCUACUCGGUCAACGAGGGCAACAGCAUGUACUAUUACGAGCCUGUGCUCAAGUAUCUCGACAGCAUCAAGUACCCCAAGGGCGAAGGCGCCAAGCCCUACUCUGCCCGCUACAUCGGAUCCAUGGUUGCCGACGUCCACCGUACGCUGUUGUACGGCGGUAUUUUCAUCUAUGCAAGCGACAAGAAGAGCAAAGACGGCAAGCUCCGCAUGCUUUACGAAGCUUUCCCGAUGGCAUUCAUCACCGAACAGGCAGGUGGCCUGGCGACUACUGGUACUCAGCGAAUUCUCGACAUUCAGCCCACUAGCAUUCACCAACGCUGCCCCGUCUUCCUCGGCUCGAAGGACGACGUCGAGGACCUCAUGAAAUGCUUCCAGUGA